GUCUGUGUCACCUGAGGUUAUGUGUUUGUGGUGCGCGUUUAAUACAAUACGUAUUUCAACCAAAAAAAUGGAUCACCCGGGUUAAAUUUACAUCUGGCACGGAAUGAAUAAAGUGUGAACGUGAACAGCAGAUAGAGCUGCAGCCAAUAGGAGGCCGCGCCUAAGGUGGUACCAAAGCCCCAUUGGCCAAUCGUCGCUGCCAGCUCGUCGACCGCAUCUCACAGAUGCGUACUAAACUGCACAGUGCUCGCCUGUACUAGGGUUUAUAUGCGUUGAGUUAGCUAGAAAAGUCCCUCGAUCAACAACAUCGGUUUAAACAUCGUUCUCGGGUACUUUUGUGUCGGAUUCGUCGGUUCUUUCCACUCCAUCACCAUGACGGUGGACACUGAGCUCCACGCUAGGAACGGACAUGUUCUGCCGGAGCCGCCGGCGUCGAUUGACACAUUUGAUCACUCGUACAAAGAACAGGAAGGCCCCAAACCUCCCAAGGAAAUAGUAUGGAAAAAUGUAGUAUUGAUGACUUUCCUGCACGCCGGGGCAUUCUACGGAUUGUUCCAAGUCCCCUCAGCAUCUUAUAUGACCUUGCUUUGGUCCGGCGUGUGCUUUGUGAUCAGUGCUUUAGGGGUAACAGCGGGAGCCCACCGUUUGUGGAGUCACCGGACUUACAAGGCCUCCCUACCCCUACGAGUGUUUCUUGGCUUGGCUAACUCCAUGGCCUUUCAGAAUGACAUCUUCGAGUGGGCACGAGACCAUCGGGUCCACCAUAAGUACUCUGAGACGGACGCAGACCCCCACAACGCCGUACGGGGAUUCUUCUUUGCCCACAUCGGAUGGCUCAUGGUUCGCAAGCACCCCGACGUCAUAGAAAAAGGACGCAAGCUGGAGCUCAGUGACCUGAAGGCAGACAAAGUUGUCAUGUUUCAAAGGAAGUACUACAAGUCGUCUGUGGUGCUCAUGUGCUUCAUGCUGCCCAUGGUGGUGCCCUGGUACAUGUGGGGAGAGUCCCUUUGGGUGGCCUACUUUGUGCCUUCCCUGCUGAGGUACACCCUGGUCCUCAACGCCACCUGGCUGGUCAACAGCGCCGCCCACAUGUGGGGCAACAGGCCGUACGACACCGGCAUCAACCCCAGGGAGAACAAGUUUGUGACCUUCAGUGCCAUAGGUGAGGGAUUCCACAACUACCACCACACGUUCCCAUACGACUAUGCCACGAGCGAGUACGGCAUGAAGCUGAAUCUCACCACCUGCUUCAUCGACUUCAUGUGCUUCCUGGGCCUGGCGACGGACAGGAAGAGGGCCUCCCGGGACAUAGUGCAGGCCCGGGUACAGCGCACGGGCGACGCGAGCAUUCGAAGUGGCUAAGAGGGCCAGCCAGAGGUAGAGAGCGAGGGGGAGAGAGGGAGAAACAAAACGGCCUGCAUCAACAGAACCGUCAUCAAAAAGGACGUCAAAAAUCCUGAUUGUGUGUUUUUUGAUCAUUGUUUUAGGAGCCGUGUGUCUUUUUGUGUAGCUACAUCCAACCGCCACGAUAACAUCGCAUUCUGUUGAUAUUCAUACAUUACUCUCGUGUCUACGAAUAUCCAAAAUAUGAAAAGAAGGUGUACCCCAUUUAAAAGUGUGACACUUUUAUUCAUCCUGACUUUGUUGGGUUGAAGCGGAAAACAAAAGAAAGUGUAGAGGAGGAUGACAAUCCAUGAGCUCUAUUCCAGAAUAACCGCUGCUAUGGACCGCUCACACACACAUACACACACACACACACACAGCCCCGGUUAAACGGGGAUGGUGAUAACGUUGCAAACGGCAAUCCGUAAUGAAAUCUCUAAAAGAGUAAUGGGAGUAGCUUCAGUUUCAACCCUUGGCUACGUCUCCCUUAGCACUUUGUAGUAUACUGUCUGUCGCGACAACGCAAUUCGCAACAGUUAAAUCGGUUGCCACAGAUGAGUUUACUAGUUGCCAGAUAGUAGAGAACCAAAAAAUGUGACUGAGAAUAUUCCCCUUUGUCUCGUGUGGCGUUUAAUUUGGACACAUUAGCCCUGGGAUUGACUACAAUCGGUGUGUACAGUGUUUCACAGUGUAAAAUAUACUGUAUAACUUGCAGUGACAUUAUAGUGGGGAACAUACGGCUAUACUGUUUAGAGACGCUGUAUACACAGUGAUGUAAGCAAACCGAUACUUUUUCCAAUACCUCAGUAUAUUGGUAACUUGUAUACUGAAGUUGUCGUCAUAGCGUAGAGUAAACCAAUUCAAAUAUAUUCCUUUACAACUCCCCUGAUCUGAUAUUUCAAACGGAAAUCAGUUACCUAGGAAGAACGAUCUUUUCAAUCGGUUACACACUUUUUUUUUUUGUGUAAGGCUAAGUCUGCGACAGUUU